AUGGACGAGAGCUUAUACGAUAUAUUUGAAGACAGAACAGAAGAUGAUCUUUUUGCUAUUUUGGAGAGUCUAGAAAACUUCACUGAUUUUCCUCUCAUAAACAACAACCAACCAGAAACUGUUAUUACUCCAAAAGAGAAUGAUUCCACUUCCACCUCGAGAUUACUGUCUCAGAAAUCAAUCUCUUCACGACAAGACUCUGAAACUGAAGUUGAAACUGACCACAAAAACAAGAGACAGAAACUCACACCGUCUUUGCUACAAGAACAGAUCAUUAACAGUGAUGGACAACAAAGGGUCUCUCACAUUACCGUCGAACGGAACCGAAGAAAGCAAAUGAAUGAGCAUUUGUCCGUUUUGAGAUCACUCAUGCCUUGCUUUUAUGUCAAAAGGGGAGAUCAAGCAUCAAUAAUCGGAGGCGUAGUCGAUUACAUCAACGAGUUGCAACAACUACUCCAAGCGCUCGAAGCGAAGAAACAACGAAAAGCAUACAACGAAGUACUAAGUCCAAGAAUACUUUCAUCGAGUCCACGACCUUCGCCUUUAAGUCCAAGAAAACCACCAUUGAGUCCAAGACUAAACCUACCUAUUAGUCCAAGAACUCCUCAACCAACUAGCCCUUACAAGCCAAGAAUGCAACAAAGCUACAACAAUAUUAUGCUUUCACCACUUGACCCUUCUCCUACUACUUCAUCUGCUUCAUCUGUGAAUGAUAAUAUCAAUGAACUUGUUGCUAAUUCUAAGUCUCAUAUUGCUGAUGUAGAGGUCAAGUUUUCAGGUCCUCAUGUUCUUUUGAAAACUGUUUCUCAAAGAAUUCCAGGACAAGCUUUGAAGAUUAUAUCUGCACUGGAAAAUCUUGCACUUGAAAUCCUUCAUGUUAACAUUAAUAGUACUUCUGAUGAUACUAUGUUGAACUCAUUCACUAUUAAGAUUGGAAUUGAAUGCCAACUGAGUGCAGAAGAAUUGGCUCAACAAAUCCAGCAAACAUUCUGCUAA